AUGGAAUCACCACCCGAAGAAGUCAGGUCAGAUGUAUGGGCCAGACUCAAAAGUGGCGAUCCCGUUAGGCUGGAACACAUCGCAGGCCCGGAUUGCGAGAGCUUGUCGGGAUAUAAAGGACACCGCAUCUCCGUGGAGGAAAUGAGGGGAUGCAAUACCAUGCAGGGGCUGAUUUUGAAAGAUCCAGACUGGGAGCCAGAAGAUGGAGACGAGGAGUUUGAAAGGUCCGGGCGUUAUUAUCUCACCGGGCUGCAUGACGCCAACACCAAUAUCGACUCUCACGAUUCGUGCACGCCUCCAAGCACGGCUGCUCCUGCGUAUCUCCAGCACUUGACAGUUAUGACCUUGAUAAAAUAA